GCUGGCUGCAGACGAACUUGCUGAGCAGCUCACUUUGGGGAAGCCAUAUAAAAUGCUGCAGCAGUGCCCGAUCCUGCCGCAGUGCCUCGCUCUCCUCCACUUAACCAGCAGCGAGAUGAGCUACACAAUGGACAGCCUAUUCAGCAGCGGUCCCACCUACCGUAAAGUUUUGAUCGAGUCCCCACGCCACCAUGUUUCCCGCUCUGUCACUUCCAGUGGCUUCCACUCGCAGCCCUGGUCUCGGGGCUCCUCAGCUUCCAGUUACCGCCGUGGAACCGGUGGUUUUAGUGCAAUCACAACCUCUACUGAGAGUCUUGACUCACUCAAUGGCGAUCUAAGGUCCCGUAACGAGAAAGAGAUCCUGCAGACGCUUAAUGACCGUUUUGCGGGUUACAUUGAAAAGGUGAGGCAGCUGGAACACCAAAACCGCAACUUGGAGUCUGAGGCUGCAGCACUGAGGCAGCAACAGGCUGGUAGGUCAGCGAUCGGCGAGCUCUACGACAGAGAGAUCAAAGAUCUGCGAACCACACUGGGCCAGCUGAGCAGUGACAAGUCCCAACUACACCUGGAGCAGGAGCACCUUGAGGAAGACAUACAGCAGCUUAAACAAAGGUUGGAUGAAGAGGCCAGGCUCAGAGAAGAGGCCGAAGCGGCCAUCAGGGCACUUGGCAAAUACAUUGACGAGUCUGGCUUAGCCAGGGGAGAACUCGACAAGAAGCUCCAGUCCCUGCAGGACGAAGUGCUUUUCCUGAGGCGGAACCACGAUGAGGAGGUAGGCGAGUUAAUGGCCCAGGUACAGGGUAGCCAGGUCACAAUGGAGAUGAAAGACAUCGUCCGGGCCGAUGUAACCUCCGCAUUGAAGGAGAUCCGAAACCAGCUGGAGGGGCACACUGUGAAGAACACACACCAAAUGGGAGAGUGGUUCAAAGUGCGACUUGAAAAGCUGUCAGAAGCAGCAAAGAUGAACACAGAUGCAAUAAAAUGUGCUCAUGAUGAAAUUUCUGAGUACCGUCGUCAGCUACAAGCAAAGACUACUGAAAUGGAAGUGUUGAAGGGCACACGUGACUCCCUGGACAGGCAGAGAUCAGAGAUGGAAGAUAGACACCAAGCUGAUGUCACAUCUUAUCAGGAUGCAAUCCAGCAGCUGGAAACAGAAUUACGGAACACUAAGUAUGAGAUGGCAGCCCAGCUGAGGGAAUACCAAGACCUCCUAAAUGUGAAGAUGGCAUUAGAUAUUGAGAUUACUGCCUACAGAAAACUUCUUGAAGGAGAAGAGUCAAGAAUCAGCUUUGGAUUGGGGCCUUCUUCAAUGAUUGAUGACCGUCCUGCUAAAGUCCCAGUUGCACCAAAACCUGUCAAAACAAAAAAAGAAGAAAAAAUUCAGAUCAUAGACAAGUCUGAAAAGGAAGCAGUGAUUGUUGAGGAAAUCCAAGUGACUGAAGAAGUCACUGAAGAAGCAGAAGACACAGAGAAAAAGGAUAAAGAAAAGGAAGAGGAAGAAGGAGCUGAAGAGGUGGAAGAGGCAGGAGAAGAGAAGGAAGAGUCAGAAGGAGAAGCUGAAGGUAAAGAAGAAGAAGCCAAGUCCCCUGAAAAAGGAGAGGCAAAAUCUCCUGAAGAAGAAACCAAAUCCCCUGAGACAGAGGAAGCCAAGUCUCCGGAAGCUGAAUCACCUGAGAAGGAGAAAGUCAAAUCUCCAGAGGAAGAGGUAAAGUCCCCUGAGAAAGAAAAAGCCAAACCUCAAGAAAAAGAAAAAGCUGUGUCACCUGAUGUGGAAGACAUAAAGUCAGAAAAAGGAGGGGCAGAAUCCCCUGAAAAGGAGGAAGUCACAUCUCCAAAAGAAGAAGCCAAAUCUCCUAAGAAGGAAGAAGCCAAAUCUCCAGAAAAAGAAGUUAAACCUCCUAAGAAAGAAGUCCCACCUCCCUCAAAAGAAACCAAGACCACAGAGAAAGAAACCACAUCUCCAGAAGAGGAAACCAAGCCUCCAGAAAAGGUAAAAAAACCUCAAGAGGUUAAGGAGGAAAAAGUGAAAUCUCCUGAAAAGGAAGCCAAGUCUCCAAUUAAAGAAAAGCCAAAAGAAAAGGAAGUGCCAGCUAAGGAAGAUAAAAAGAAAGAACCAGAAGAAAAGGCAACAGAAAAAGAGCCUAAGCCUGAGAAAAAGGAAAAAGAACCCACUAAAAAGGCAGAUGAAGAUGUUUCAGAAAAGCUCAAGGAUGAAGUUAAGAAAGAGGUUAAAAAAGAUGAACCUGCUAAGAAGGUCACUCCAUCAAAGGAGACAGCUAAGCCAGAAGAAACAGUGGAACAGAAGAAGAAAAAAGAACCAACUGAAGCAGAAGUAAAAGAGAAAGCCAAGGAUGUUGCUAAACCAGAAACCAAAGCAGAAGAAAAAGAAAAAGAAAAGAAAAUAGAAAAACCUGAAGAAAAGGAAAAAGGGAAGGCAACAAAGCCAGUGAAAGCUGAAGAAGAAAAGAAGGCUGUCAAAGAAGAAGCUAAGGAGGGAAAGGUAGUGAAGAAGGAGGAAAAGGAGAAGGAACCAGCAAAGGCAGAAUCCAAACCAAAAGAAAAGGAGGCCAAGAAAGAGCCUGAACCUAAACCCCAAGAAAAGCCAGUUAAGGAAAAGGAACCUGCUAAGCCAGUUUCAGAGAAAAAAGAAAAGGAAGCAGAAAAGCCAAAAACUGAGGAGAAAGGAAAAGCAGAGGAAAAGACAGAUGCCAAGAAAACAGAAAAGGAAGAAAAGAAGCCAGAGCCAAAAAAAGAGCAAGAACAGAAACCAAAAGCUGAAGAUAAGUUCAAAGAAGAGGACAAAUCUCAGAAGGGGCCAAGCAAAGAAGCCAAAAAAGAAACACCAAAACCCGAGAAAGCUGAGAAAUCAUCUGGCACAGAACAAAAAGAAGUCAAAUCUGAAAAAACUACAGAAGAUAAACCUAAGAAGUCUGACAAAUGAGAAGUCAAGCCAUCUGUUGAGGAAAGAUCACCAAAGAAUAAGAUAUCACUGGUAACUGUGUGAUCCGGAAAAAAAAAAGAGGACAUAACUCCAGCCUGUGUGUCCAGUUCUUUUUGGGGGGAGGGAACUAUUAAGCAAUAGUUGCAAGAGAAUAACUUGUGGCCAAUUUUGAGUUGAUUGCUUUGGUAUGAGAAUGUGGCGUACCUGUAUGCAGAAUGCUUUAUGUAAACACUUGAAUAUCAAACUGCCGAAAACAAUAAGUGCAUUUAUAUACACAAAGUGUAAUCACUUGAAAGGAUUCAAUGUGCAAUGCAUCAGAUUAGAGCAAUAUUUAUGGAAGUAUGUAUACAAUACAGAGGAGAUAAAAACUAUUAUAGUCUUAGAAAAUGUUCACGUAAAAUGCUUGUUUGCAGCCUACACAUGAGCCGAGUUUUACACUUGUUUUUUGAAAUUCAUGUAGAAAGAGUUUUCAAAAAAAAAUACAGCAGAACUGCAGUAAAGCACUUUCUCAGAUUAAAUAUUUUCAGCUGCUUAUGAUGUGCAAUAAUGCAAAUAAAAUAACUUAAGUACUAAA